GCACUAAGUUCGUUAUAAAAAAAUACACCGGUCGCUUCAAUCAGAGACUACACUGCAGUACAAUAACAUUGUAUUGUCGCUGCUUCAAUGCGAUGCAGCGAUGGUUUAUACUGGAGAUGUGAACCUUCUCGUUCUGGUUGGAUAUGCUGGAGAUGGAUGAAAAGACGGACAGUGUUGAUCCAGGCGGUCGUCACCUCGUGGACGUUUUUGGUAGUGGCGACAACAUUCAUCGUCUGCCUGGUGGGAUUCCAAGUCCUGGCGAUGUUCCGACGGACACCUGACGAUGUACGGCUCAGCAAGAUGGUAACAGGCUGGCAAGGCUUUGGAGAAAAGACAGGUGUGUACAACUUCACCGUGGUAACAGGGAUGAUUGAUAUAGGUAGAGGAUCAUGGUCGAAGCAGAGUCGCAGCUACAACAAUUACCUGCUACACAUGUCCCAGGUCUUGAGGCUGGAUGUCAAUAUGGUGAUCUACAUCGAGGAAAAGGGGCGGCCAUUUGUAGAAUGGAUGAGAAGAGGGCGAGAAGGGUCCACCACAAUUCUCCCAAUCCAGCUGCCCGAUCUUCCAUACUACAAGUAUAAGUCCAGAAUGAAGCAGAUUAUGGUCAGUGACGAGUUUCAGCGAGGGAAUGAGCUGCUAGUCCAGGGAGACCAUGUUGAGGCAACUAACCCUGACUAUGAUAUUGUACAACUGUCCAAAAUAGAUCUUGUGAAUGAAGCCAUGAGACUGAACCCUUUCAACAAUUCUUACUUCUUCUGGCUGGACGGUGGGUAUGGACAUGGCAAAGAAGGCAUCUUUCCUCGGGACAAUAUUUGGAAGCCCCACAGACUAACUCAAGUUCCCCAUAAGUUGACCUUCCUAGUCAGAGAUGACAUUGAACUCUGGUCCAAGGUCAAGGACCUUUAUAAGAAGAAUAUCAACAUCAUGGUAGGUGGAGUGUUCGGUGGCGGAGUGGAGGUGUUGUCUUUGUAUCACACUCUCCACUCCAGAUUGAUGAAGGAGUGGAUGGCCAGCAACAUCGUUGACGACGACCAGACAGCUAAUAUGCAGCUGUAUUUCAGAAACAGGUCCAUGUUCAACCUGAUAAGAGCAGACUGGUUUGAUAUCUUCAAGAUUACAGUGGCUGACUGACAUUUUAUGUGUUGUGUGGUUCAUUGAUGGUUUCUCGUCAGAAAAUCAGGCAAAAGAUUAUCCUAUAUUUCAUGGAAUAUACAGGGUCUAACCAACAAAUUGACCAAUAGUGACUCUUGGUCUUCAUGCUCAUCUUGUUACUGCUUGAAGAUGGGAACCAAGUCUGGACGGCUAAAAUACUGAAGCCCCAUAGUAAUCUCAAAACCCAUAGCACAGGAAAUGAUAAUCCUGUGCUGUACACCUUAGUCAUUUUUUUAUGACUCAUCCUAUACAAACAUAUUAAUUGUCAUACAUGUGUCCAUUCUAUACAUUUGUGCAUAUUGAGGGGCCCUGGGGUAGCCUAGUAGUUAAAGUGUUUGCUCAUCUUGCCAAAGACCCAUGUUCGAUUCCCAACAUUAGUAGGAUGUGUGAAGCCCAUUUCUGUUGUCCCUCACAGCAAUAUUGCUGGAAUAUUGUUAAAAGUGGAGUAAAACAAACUCACUCACUUAUGCAUAUUGACAGGCAUUUUGCAUAAUAGAACCUUCAUUCUGUCUUGACUGACAUUGAUGGUCUAAUUCCCGAUGUCCUUUUGUCAAAGUAUCAAAACAACACUAAAAUAUAACCCGUCCAUCCACUGUAUGUGCUGUGAGGACAUGUUUGUCCAAGUCACAUGAUCUCAAACUGUUCCCUCCCAGGGUGAAGGUGAUUCACAAAGGUAUGACUCCUCGUGAUACAGUCUACUUUGUCCAUUCAGUGCACAUAAUAUCAAUUUUAUUUUGUUGUUUUCUAGUUCAAGUAGAUAUACAUGUGUGAAUAAUGAUCUCUCUACACAUCAUUUUGUAUUAAAUUUACAUGUAUUCA